GUAUGCGCGAAUGGGUUAGUGAAAUUUCAGUCACGCAAUUACGAAGUAAAUCCUCGCAAUUUUGGUACCUAUGGUGGGAGUGGUGGUUCUGCUUGUCUUGCACCAUACUGGUCAUUUGUUAACUUAGAUUAUUUCGAAAGUGGAGAAUCAAAGGUGUUUUUUCGUAAAUACGAAGAUUCAAAUAACGACUUUCGUAGCGUGUUUUCAGAGGCUAGGGAGUAUGGCAAAACAAUACUAAGGAAAUCGGACUACAAUCCGCUUUGGGUAACGGUCAUAACCUGGGUGGAUCUCCGACCAAAACAACCUGGGGAUGUUACUUAUGGUGGCGUAAGUAAACUGAAUUAUUCAUUAAACCCUUUUUCGUUUGGACACAAUUAUAUCAGGACGAAAUCGUCCUAGUUUAAGGCUUUUAGCGAACGACUUUGGAGAUCCGUAUCUCUGAUACCGUGCAUGCUAUGUAGAUGACAAUACCACCAUUCGAUUCAGUGAAACAAUAUCUCCUAAUUCCUAUCGAUAGUUUUGGGAAAAUGUCAACAUUAUAGCCAUUUACGACCUUUUGGCCUGGAUCACAUAUACCUGCUGUAUGUCGGCGGGCUAUUGUCGCUAGCAGUUCAACCAAAUAAUUAAUAAAAGAAUGUAUGCAUCAACCGCUGUAAACAAUGAUAGCGCAGGCAUACCGCAGGCCAGUGUUGUAACGAGUCACCUACAGGUCGAGUCACGAGUCGAGUCGAGUCACUCAAAGGUCGAGUCACGAGUCGAGUUGAGUCAUUUCAGUUUUUGAUCGAGUCGAGUCGAGUCAGUGGCUUCACUCGAGUCGAGUCGAGUCGAGUCAGCGGCUUCACUCGAGUCAAGUCGAGUCACUGAUUUAAGUCGAGUCGAGUCAAUUUCUAGACUUUACUUGAGCUACCCUAGCUUGCUGUCGGAAAUUAGUAAUCAAAUUUGGGUUUUAAACUAAUUACUUUAGUCAUUUAAAUUAAUAACAGUAUCUGGGCAGCUAUAGGCUGUGCCAAUAUCACAGUUCCAGUCAACCACGUGAGAUGUCUCAUCAUACCUGCUGAUCGAGUGUACGUACAUACAACUAGCAAAACUUAAUUGCAACUGGAGUCAGAAUUAACAAAGAAUAGACUUUAAUUAACAACGCUUUGUAAGUUGAUUUGAAAUUAUAUAGGCCUUCAUAAAUGCCAAAAAUGAAAAUAGCCUGUCAGAAUUAGUAUAAGUACAAAACAUUUUGAGACUUAAUUUUAAAAAACUGUGGCACUAGCGUUGUCUCUAAAAACAGAAAUGUUAUAUAGGUAUGCCCGUCAGGAAUAUAUUCUAUGCAAAUCCCAUAUAUUUUCUGAUAAAGUUUCAAAGUUCUCAUUGUUUACAGGACUCAUUGUUCUUCCCAAGCAAUACAAUGACAAUAAUUGUGAUGAAUUUACUCUGUACAAGUUGUAGAUGAGUUGACUCGAGUCAUUUACGGCAAAAUCAGCAAGUCGAGUCCGAGUCGAGUCAUUUGGGGCUGUUGACUCGAGUCGAGUCGAGUCAUUUUACGUAUUGGACUCGAGUCGAGUCGAGUCGUUGAAAAUAGCGACUCGAGUUGACUCGAGUCAGAGUCAAUGACUCGACUCGUUACAACACUGCCGCAGGCAUAUAUGAACCAGGCUUUAGAGGUCAAGCAAUAUUAUAUUUCAAUAGAUUACACAAUUUUCCUUACAACGGCCCCUUCGGCAUAUCUUUUUCGUAAUAGUCUUGCUCAAAUCACAAUCCAAGACACUAUGUAGAGUGUUAUAUUCAACCUUGUAUCUACAGUCUACAGAUUUGCAUCUUUUAUUUCGGUAUUUCAGAAUAUUUAAAUUUUAGCGGGAGGCUCAACCGGAAGUACAACUCGAAUCAUCGAAACGAUGCGAUGUAACCGAUGUUUACAUCCUAGCGGUCGGGAAACGUCGGAAAUAAGUGCUGAUGUGUUUAUUUAGCAUGUACGCCCCUCCCCCCAUCCUCCGCAAACUCAUUUUUGUGGGUAAUUUUAGUCAUACCUUCACCGUCACCCCAUGAGUCGCGACCGCUGGUUUCAAUUCGAACGUUCCGGUGGUUUUAUGUCAUUCCUAUAUACAUGUCUCAUCUCACUCACGUCGGCUUUAUGAUUCAAUUUUUAGAAAAAUACAUUCCAACUUUUUCUGGCUAAUGGUGUUAACAAUGACGCGAUUGCUGUCUAUUGUUACAAAGACAUUGAUUGGUCAAUUGGUGUGAUAAGGUAAUUCUGACAAAACCUUUGCCUUAAUAAUAGGCCGUUACCACAACAUGCCACGCCUCACUAGGAUUUAAUUCUGGGGGGAGAAGGAAAUUUAAAGAAAAUGAGCAGUUUGAUAAGUACGACCAGUCGAAGAGUCAAUGGCCGUUUUUAUACUAGAGACGCAUUAUGCGUCCAGACAAAGGUGGGCAAGCAAGCCAUUUAUUGUUCGUCCGAUUAUGCGCCCUCAGUAUAAAGACGGGCACAAGACGCAUUAUCCGUCUAAACUAACUAUGUUCGCUUAUUCGUCUUAAUUAAGAGCCGCUCAACCGAUGAUAGUUCGUCUAGAUGCAUAAUGCGUCUGUGCAUAUAAAGACGGCACACAGACCAAUAAUCCAACAAAGCGAGACAGUGGUACAUAAAGCAACUAUUUGUUUAAAAUUCAACAUGGCAGCAAAGGAAAAUAAUGUUUCGGCUGCUUCUUCAGCUGUUCCAACAUCAAAAUAGCAGCGACAGUCUCGUCAAUGGACAGAAAGUCGACAGAACUCAAAUACUUUGCCCUUGUGCUUGUGGAGGAAAAGACCGAGUUUGCAUACAGAUUUGAUACGAUCACCCUCAAGAAAACGGCUAAUUGA